UUGGUUCAGAAUUUUGUGGGAUGUGUCUAGAAGGAAUCUUGUUAUAGCCUUACAAUGACUGUUCUUCUAGGUUUCUGUGUCGACAAAUCAAAUUUAUAGGCGAUCAUGUUUCUGUGCAAUCUUUCCUCUGGUGUCAAUGCUCGGUCUAAUGAUUUUCUUGGGGGGUUCUUUUGUGAAGCAAGAUGAUAACCAGAACUGGUUAACAUGGAGUGUGGCACAAAGUUUCCAAAGUUCAGAUAGUAUAUGUAAGAAUCGAUGCAGGCGUCCUGGAAGUGAGACCUUACCUAAAGGUAUCGUUACAGAGACCUCCAAUUUUGAAAGACGCCCAUUAUGGGGCUUACCAAAGAACAAACCAGCUAGUAACUUAUUUUCAGCAGCUGUUGGAAUAAAGCAGAAGGAAAUGGUAAAUGAAAUGGUCCAAAAGUUUCUGGCUAGUAAUUUUGUAGUCAUGCUUUUCCAUUACGACGGAGUUGUUGAUGAAUGGAAGGAGUUUGAUUGGAGUAAUGAUGUAAUACAUGUGUCAGCAAUGAAUCAAACCAAAUGGUGGUUUGCCAAAAGAUUCUUGCAUCCAGAUGUUGUAGCAGAUUACGAUUACAUAUUUCUCUGGGAUGAAGACCUUGGAGUCGAAGAUUUUAAUCCUGAGAGAUAUGUAUCAAUUAUUACAAAGGAAGGUCUUGAGAUUUCACAACCUGCACUCGAUCCAAAGAAGUCUGAGGUGCACCAUCAGAUAACUGCACGUGGAUGGAGAACAGAUGUCCACAGGAGGAUAUACAAGCCUGGUGACAAUAACUCCAGAUGUGAUGAGAAAAGUACUAAGCCUCCAUGCACCGGGUGGAUUGAAGUGAUGGCUCCAGUUUUCUCAACCACUGCUUGGAGAUGUGUAUGGCAUAUGAUGCAGAAUGAUUUUGUCCACGCUUGGGGCUUAGACAUGCAGCUCGGUUACUGUGCUCAGGGAGAUAGAACAAAAAAUGUCGGGGUCGUCGAUGCUGAAUACAUUGUUCAUCAUGGGAUCCCCACACUAGGGGUCUCUAAAGACAAGACGGAACUGGAUGCAGCUAAAAAUGCUUCUGAAAUACAUGAACUUGCAAGCUUGGGAACAAAUGCGACGUUGAAAUCUGGAGCUACUGAUUGCAGAAUUGAUGUGAGAAGGCAGUCUUAUAACGAAUACAAGAUAUUCAGAAGACGGUGGAUUAAAGCUGCUGCAGAAGAUCAGUGUUGGGUUGAUCUAUAUCCAGGUAGUGAGCUUCCACAAUUGCUUUCAUGAAUAUAUUUCAUCACAAGCAAUGAGCAAAAAUGUCAUUAUUUCUUUACGGAAAGUGUGAUACUAUGUAGAAAUUUGUAGCAGAGUCUGAUCAUUUGAUUAUUCAACAAUGAAAUUUCCUUCUUUUUUGGUGGUAGUAAUUUUUCCUGAGCAUGAGAUCACUAGUACGGAAAAGUUCCAAUCUAAAGAUAU